UGACGUGAAGUCAUGUGGCGCAGUCACUUCCUUCCAAUUCUCCUCAGCGCCGCUUCACUCCUCGGUCUUAUCAUGUCGUCCUAGUGGACCCCUUACAGGACAUCCAGCCCAGUCAAGCAUGUUUUUACCGAACCAAGGCCGGCCGCGCUCACCUCUCGGGCGGUUGCUUUGCUUGGUGGCGUGUGCGGGAUGUUUGCUGCUCCGGUUCGGAGAAGCGGCGACGGCUGCGGAGGGAAGCCUGUGGUACCAGGAUCUCUGCAGCUACAAAUGGGAGGCCAUUGACCUGGAUAAGAAAAUGAGCUACACGCUCAAGCUGUGUCCUUCCUCCCCGUCCACCAUGUGCGGCGACAGCACGGCCGUGUGUGCCCGCGACCUGACCAGUGACAUUUACCAAUCCGUCGGUGAGCUGUCCCUGCAGAGGCUGUCGGGCACCGUGCUGGAUUACAACAGUACGGUCAAAUGUCCGGCAAGUGACAACAACAUCCGGACCACCAUCGGCUUCCAGUGUGGGAAAACCAUGGGGACCCCAGAAUUUGUGGCUGUGUCUCAGUGCAUGCAUUACUUUGAGUGGAGGACGUACGCCGCCUGCACGAGCGACAAGUUCAAGCCUCACAAAGAGGUGCCCUGCUUCGCCUUUGACUCGGAUGGGAAGAAGCACGACCUCAGCCCUCUCAUCAAAAUAAGCAACGCCUACCUGGUGGAUGAUGGCGACGACAGCGUGGACUUCUACAUCAACAUCUGCCGCAGCCUCAACGUUCCAGAAGCACGUUGUCCUGAAGGUUCCGCAGCCUGCCUGGUGACAAAGAACGUGGCCUACGACAUGGGAUCUCCCAGCAUGCCCUUGCAGCUCUUAUCUAACGACAGACUGAGGUUGCAGUACCAAGUGAGUGCUGACGUGACUCCUCCGGUCUUCUGCAACGGACACACUCCUGCUGUCACCAUCACCUUCAUCUGUCCUUCAAGCAGGCAUCUAGGCAGCACUCCUAAGAUGACGGCGGAGGCCAACUGCCGCUAUGAGGUGGAGUGGACCACGGAGUACGCCUGUCACAGAGAUUAUUUAGAGAGCCACACGUGCAAACUCACCAGCACGCAGCAUGACAUCUCCGUCGACUUAAGCCCUCUCACCUUGAGCUCGACAGACCAUCCAUACUACGCUCAUUCUUCAAAGAGCGACGGGACAGAAAGCUACAUCUACUACCUGAACGUGUGUGGAAAAGUCCCGGCGGAAGAAUGCAGCAGCUUAGGGGAGUUUGUUUCGUCCUGCCAGGUGAAGAAAACAAGUGACGCCAAGAAGGUGGCUGGAAGUUACCAGAACCAAACCCUGCGUUACUCUGAUGGAGAUUUGACGUUGAUCUACCCUGAUGGCGCCAUGUGCUCCACUGGCUUCCAGCGGAUGACCAUCAUUAACUUUGAAUGCAACAGGAACGCAACCAAUGGCGGUGUAGGAGCUCCAGUGUUUGUCGGGGAAACCGACUGCACAUACUACUUUGAGUGGCAGACGGCCCACGCCUGCGUCAAGGAGAAGGAGGAUCUCCUGUGUCGGGUCACCGAUGGAAGGAAGCAUUACGACCUUUCACCCCUCACCAGAUACCCUGAGUCAGGGCUGAACUUGAACUGGGAGGUGGUAAAUGCCGAAUCUCCGAAACUGGACUCGAAACGCUUCUACCUUAACGUUUGCCACAAAGUCAUCCAGGCGGGAGGGCCCACGGGCUGCCCGGAGAGCGCUGCCUUAUGUGCCGUAGAUAAAGACCAGAAGGUCACCAGCCUGGGGAGCUUCCUCUCGUCCCCCCAGAAGACCGAAAAAGGAAAUGACAUCAGACUGGUGUACACUGACGGAGAUUUAUGCAGCAAAACGACAAGGAUUCAGACUAUCCUGACCCUCAAGUGUAAACCAGGCGAUCUGGAGAGCGCCCCCGUCCUCCGCAGCAUUUCGUCUGAUGGCUGCAUGUAUGAGCUGGAGUGGUACACCGCCGCCGCCUGCGUCCUCUCUAAGACACGGGGGGACAACUGCAAGGUGGAGGACACUCAGGCUGGCUUCUCUUUUGACUUGUCGCCACUCUCCAAGGCCGACGGCGGCUUCUACAACCUGACCAACGACAACUACGACUACUACAUCAACGUAUGCGGCACGGUUAAAGCCGCCACGUGUCCUGAAAAGGCAGGCGCGUGCCAAGUAGAAAAAAGUAGUUGGAGUCUUGGGGAAGCAAACUCCAGACUGUCCUACUAUGACGGCCUGAUCCAGUUGUCCUACAGCAAUGGUUCCAAGUACAACAAUGAGCAACACACACUCCGAUCCACACUCAUCUCCUUCCUUUGUGACCCUGAAGCGGGUGCUGGAAAACCUGAAUUCCAGGUGGAGGACAAGUACACCUAUAACUUCCGCUGGUAUACGUCGUACGCGUGUCCUGAAAGGCCUCAUGAGUGUUUGGUGACGGAUCCCAACACUCUGGACCAGUAUGACCUAUCCAGCUUGUCUCGCACAUCCUCUGCCGGCAACUGGCAAGCCAUGGACCUGUCUGACACGGGUCCGAGCCUGAGGAAGUACUACAUCAACAUCUGUCGACCCAUCAACGCCGUCAUGGGCUGCGACCGCAACGCCUCGGUCUGUCAGAUGAAGUACACCACCACGCAGGGCUAUCCAAAGGAAGCGGUGUCCGUCAGCAACAUGGGUAUUUCCAAGCGCGGCCCCAUCAUCGAAGGACGGGACCGGCUGCUGCUGGAGUUCACCGACGGCGCCCCCUGCCAGUCUGAUGGCCAAAACUUGACGUACUCGACACGCAUCCACCUGGUGUGCUCCAGGGGAACUUGGUCAAUGGGCCCGCGGUUCCUCAUUUACCAGAACUGUACCGCCAACUUCAUAUGGGAGACCAGAGCUGCUUGCGCCAUCACCACCACCAGGAACAAUAGCUGUGCUGUGAUGGACCCCAACACCGGCUUGGAGUUCAACCUGCAGCCUCUGGCCUCCAAGACUGGAUACAGGACCAGAGCCAAUGGAAAGGACUUCCUGGUGAACAUCUGUGCAGACCUGGAAGCCUGUGGACCGGGAAUGGCAGGCUGUGAGUUGGAAGAUGGGCGUCCCGUGAGUCCGGUGGGGGUGGAGAAGACAUUGCAGUAUUCCACAGAUGGCCUCCUGAAACUAACAUACAAGGGACCUCGAGAUGAUCCUACAGCAACUCGGGACACCUUCAGCAUUAAUUUUGUAUGCAACCAAACCGCUCACCCUGGCUCACUGAAGCUGCUGCGGGAGGACUUGAGCACUUCGCCCAGCCACGUGGUCCACAACGUGCUCUUUGAGUUCUCCACCGCUCUAGCCUGCGUCCCUGCCCCGGUGGACUGCCGUGUUAUCGAUUCCCAUGGGAACGAGUAUGACCUGAGUCGCCUCGCCCGAGACGGAGAUGGCAGACCCUGGGUUGCCAUAGAUACAGACGUAGUGACGUCACGCAGCUUCUACAUCAACGUCUGCAAACCCCUCCCCUCCGUGAAGGGUUGUCCCGUUGGGCCUCUGGGUGCAUGCCAGGUGAUUGGCAGCACCAGUUACAACCUGGGUCUGGUCCAGGCCAGUCCCCAGGUGGCGCAGGGUGGCUCCAUCAGCAUCGUCUAUCAUAACGGCGACCCUUGUGGUGCUUCGUCUCGCUACUCGACACGCAUCAUCCUGCUGUGUGACGACAGCCCUGGCUCCCCCAUGUUUGACCGGCAGGACGGUUGUGAGUACGUCUUUGUCUGGAGGACGUCUGAGGCCUGUCCCAUCAGGAAGUCCAAAGGGGAUGAGUGUCGUGUCCGUGACCCAAGGAGCGGCUACGAGUUCAACCUGAGCUCCUUGAAGGGGAAAGACUACCCAGUGAGACGUGACAAGUACAUCUACCACCUGUCGGUCUGCACGGGGCUCCAGAGAGGCGUUUGCACCGACAAAGACACAGGAAGUGAUGUUGUCUCCUCCUGUCAAGUAGAAGGAAGCUCCCACAAGAUAGCAGGAAUGGCCAACCAGCAUCUGACUUACGUGGGAGAUCAGCUCAUCCUGAACUACACCAACGGAGAAAAGUGCCACCAGAUAUACCAAAGAUCCACGGAGAUCUACUUUUCCUGUCACCCCGACAGGAACCCUGGGGCACCAGAGUUCAUCAAGGAGACUCCAGACUGCACGUACCUGUUUACCUGGCCCACUGCUCUCGCAUGUGUUCCUGUCAAAAGCACCAGCUGCUCCUACCAUGAUGGACUGGGACACUCGUAUGACCUCUCACCUCUGGCCACGGAGACUCAAAACUGGGAAGUGGAGCCAUCAACCGAGGACACCAGCAGACGGUUCUACAUUAACGUCUGCCGGUCCCUGGUGCCGCAGGGAGGUUCCUGGAAGUGCCCAUCCAAUGCUGCGUCCUGCGUGAAGAUUGGCGAUGAAUAUGUGAGUUUGGGGGAGGUCAAGACGGGUCCCACGUGGGAUAAGAGCGUGCUGAAGUUGCAGUACACCAGUGGCCACCCCUGUCCGGACGGAGUCCGCAACAAGAGCACCAUUAUUCGCUUCAAGUGUGACAAAGAACAAGUAGACUCCCGACCAACCCUUAUUUCUGCCAUUGAGGAGUGUAUGUACACUUUCUUGUGGUUAACAGCCGCCGCCUGCCCCCUGAACAGCAGCCAGCAUGACGGCUGUAGAGUCGCCAACCCCUCAACAGGUCAUUUGUUUGACUUGAACUCACUGACCCGGGAUGGAGGCUACACGGUGUACGACCAUGAUGGGGACAGGAGGAUGUUCCGCAUGAACAUCUGUGGAGACGUGACCAAUGCGGGAUGUAGCCCCGGAACCGCUGUGUGCAUUAAAGAUGGCGGCAGCGGCGUGCUGAGUGGCGGCCAGUCCAGCAGGAAACUGUCCUACAAGGACCACGUCGUGGAGCUGACAUAUGAAGGAGGAAGCCCGUGUCCCGCAGACCCCGCCCGCCAACACAACACUGUCAUCCACUUCAUCUGCAAGCCGCCCAGCAUGAGCUCAACCCCUCCACAACCCGUCCUUAUCGACUCCAUUGAUGACACCUGCACGCACCUUUUUGCUUUUCACACCCCCCUGGUGUGCGAGCAACCUGUAAAAUGUUCAGUCCAGAACGGCUCUGCCAUUAUUGACCUGACACCUCUGAUUCAUAUCAACGAAUACUACACCGCCACAGAUGAUGAUGUGGAUCAAAACGAUGACUCUCCGGACUUCUACAUCAACAUCUGUCAGCCUCUUAACCCCAUCCCAGGGAUAACCUGCCCGCCUGGUGCCACCGUCUGUAUGGACCCAGACAAUGGGCCCCCAAUUGACAUUGGCCGCAUGACCAGCGGCCCUCAGAUCAGCUCGUCAGGCGAGGUGUCCAUCACCUACUCCAGCUCCACCAAGUGUGGGUCGGACCAAGAGCAGAACUACACCUCCACCAUCAUCUUCACCUGCCAGAGAGGCGUAGAGCUGGGCUCCCCUCGCAUGCUCAGGUUGCAGGGGUGCGUGUACAUUUUUGAAUGGGCGACGCCCAUCGUUUGCUCCGAUGCUACCCACACCAGCGGAUGCCAACUCACUGACUCUCAGCUGCAGUUCACCUUCGACCUGUCGGCACUCACAGGUGAAGUGCAGGUCCCACUAGGCUCCAGCGGCUACCUCAUCAACGUGUGCAGCUCCGUGGCUGAGCCCGCGUGCAAAGGGAGCGCCGUUUGCCGGGUAUCAGGCUCUGAUUCUGACAAAUCAGCGUUGUCAUUCGGCAUCAGCAAGGCCAUGACGAUGGACUUCAAGCACGAGCAGCAGGCUGUUCUCAUGCAAUAUGGCGGUGGCGAUCCAUGCCCUCCCGUCACACAACAGGGCGAGGCCUGCGUGUUCCCCUUCACGUCCAUGAAGAGGUUGUACACUGACUGCACCACAGAUGCCAGGACCGACGGCAGGAAGUGGUGUGCCACCACCGCCAACUAUGACCAGGACAAGAAAUGGGGGUUCUGCGAGCCAGCCUCUGCCAAGCGGCAGUCAUCCAUAUUGUUUACCUGCGACCCGUCGGCAGGCCAUGGCUCCCCACAGCUGCUCUCAGAAACCGCCGGCUGCUCGGCCACUUUUCAGUGGAGUACCAGUGCUGUGUGCCCCCCCAGGAAGAUGGAGUGCAAGCUGGUCAGCCAACAUCAGACCUUUGACCUGCGAGCCUUGUCCUCCCUCACCGAGCCGUGGAAGUUCAGCCACCGAGGCGACUCGUAUUUCAUCAACCUGUGUCAGGGGAUUCACGGGGGACUGACAGAUUGUCCCGAGGGAGCCACAGUGUGUCGGCGCUCUGCAGCAGGAAGGACCCAGACACUGGGCCGCGUCCACACUCAGAAGAUGAGCUAUAAAGACGGAAAGAUUUACAUCAGCUAUUCAGCCGGUGAUGACGUGUGUGGCAACGCCGUGGCAGCAAAGACGGAGAUCCAGCUGAUGUGCGGCUCCACAGUGGGACACCCAGCCAUCAUCAGCGUCAACCAGGCGUCCUGCCUCUUUGUGAUUGGCUGGGAGACGCGAUGGGCAUGUGCCAUCAAGCAGCGCGAGGUGGAGAUGGUGAACGGAACCAUCCAGAACCCCGACACCGGCACCACCCUCAGCCUGGGAGAGCUUUACUUCAGCCCUCACCAGGCCUCUGGAGACAUCCGGCCCAAUGGGGACCGCUACAUCUACCACAUCCAGUUGUCUGGACUCACCAACAGCUCCCUGCCCAGCUGUGUCGGCGCCAACAUCUGCCAGGUUAAACUCAAUGGACCCAACAGGCGCCGAAUUGGCUCCUCCAGCAAGGCCAAAUAUUUCAUUAAAGGAGGAAAUCUGGACGUGAUGGUGCCCUCCGAGUCUGCAUGCGGGCGGGAGAUGUCCAAAAUGGUGUCUUCCACCAUCAUGUUCCAGUGUAACCCGUCAGCGGGCGUGGGCAUCCCCGAGUUCAUGCUGGAGACGGACGAAUGCCAGUACCUGUUCGUGUGGCACACCGACGCCGUGUGCGGCCUCACGACGGUGGAUGCGGGCACGCUUUACGAUGACGGCGUUCCGGGGGCCAGGAGGAGCCAGGUGGCGGGGAUGCUGCUGAGCCUCCUCUUUCUGGGCCUGGUUGCGUGUCUGCUGGCGUUCCUGCUGCGUAAGAGGGAGAGGAGAGAGAUGGUGAUUCAGAAGGUUGCUGGAUGCUGCAGGAGGGGCAGCCAAGUUUCGUACAAAUACUCGAAGGUUAACAUGGACGAAGAUGCAGGAGAGGAUGAGAUGGAGUGGCUGAUGGAGGAACUCGAGGCUCCGCCCACAUCUUCUCAUCACGGCCGAAGUAACCAUAGCAACGGUCACAUCAAGACCAAACCGGUGAACACGGACGGCCUGCGCUCCUUCUCGCUGGAUGAGCAGGAAGACGACAGCGAGGAUGAGGUGCUGAGCGUCCCGGGCGUGCGUGUGGUCAAAUCGUCGUCCGUCCAUCGCAGCGUCUUCCUGAAGGAGGAGAGCGACGAGGACCUGGUGGGCCUCCUGGACGAGCCCGACAAGAAGAGAAAAAGUGGCAAAGCUCGGCCAUCGAGUCGCAGCGACACGGUAGCCGAGGGGAGGCGGGAGGACGACGACAGCGAUGAGGACCUCCUCAGGGUGUGACGCACACCCCCACCCCCCAGCCCCCAUCAGGACUACUCAGCGAAUGUCGCCAUAGCAACACCCUCAGCAUACUGACACUUUUCCUCCUCUCUUUUUGGGAUUCAUUUUGACCGAGUCAGACUCUGCUGUGUUGCCACCUUAUUUAUUGACAGAUGAUUUCUUUCACAUGACUCGUGAUUCUUCUCAAUGAUCUACACGGCAUCAGUGAUGCCCCCCACCUCGUCGUCACAGUCUCAAAAUGAUUGCCGAGGCCUGAUGAGAAGCCACCAGUCCACCCAAACACACACACACCGUUGUUUUUAAGUUGCCAUUUGAAGUUGCUGCCAUUUUCUUCAGUGAACUCGUGUCUUUGCAGUGUGGACGGAAACAUCUGGCUUGUUCUCGGUCGUCCUGUUAAGCUGUGGUGAAACACGUUGUGGCGGCCAUCAAACAGGGAGCUCCAGCUGAUGCAGGCAGUGAAGGUCAGUCGAGCUUCUGAGGCAGGGGUGUCCAAAGUGCAGCCUGGGGGCCAUUUGUGGCCCUUAGUACAGAAAUAUCAUUUAAAACAAAAACUUUGGAAAAAAAAAGUCAGAAGCAGCAGUCAUUUUACAAGAAUAAAGUCAAAAUAUGAAAAAACGACAUAAGUUUAUGAGCAUAAGACAAUUUUAGUAGCAUAAAGUUGAAAUAUUAAAGGAAAACGACUUUAAUAUUAUGGAAAAGUUGUCAUAUUUUUAAAAGUAGAAGAAAGUCAAAAUGUUAUGGAAAUGAUGUCAGAAUUACAGGAAGAAAGUGGAAAUUAUUGGAAAUAAAAAAAAAACAGCAGAUAGUUGCAAUUUUACUAAAAUAAUAGCCAAAUAUUAAAAAAAAAAUCAUAAAAUCAUAAUAAGGAAAAACAUUUAUUUAGUCAUAAUAUGACAAAUAUCAAGUUGUCAUUUUUGGGAAAAGAGGUUGGGAGCAAGUUAUCUUUAUGGAAAUAAAGUCAUACUAUAAGAAAGGAAAGGAGAUAUUUGACCAAUGUUGAAAUGGCAAAGGUGGGGGUAAAGAAGAGCAAAGUUGAUAUGAAUGAUAUUUAGUCUUUUCCAGCCGCAUGAGAAGCUGAGAUGAAACACAUAGAACCUCUCGCCAUAUCUCCAUCAAAGUUGCAUCCUUUUGACAUUAUCACGGCGUGGCCGUCCCUGGACAUCCCUGUCCUCAAGGGAAGGAAGAUCAUUGCUCUCCUUGUGCCGUUUACAUCUUCCUGCCUCCAAAGGAGCGUGGCCAUUGUCUCGUCUUGGGUCACGUAUGCUCGUUAUCAUUUCCUUGUUGUGAUUAUUUAAGUAUGUGAGCCUACUCUGACAGCGGAUGUCAGUCAGUGGAGGAAGGUGAAGUCGUUUUGAGAGCGGAGGCCAUGGUUAAUUGAGCCCCGCCCCCCUCUCACCAAAGCCAUAUUUCUGCACCUGAUGAGAUGAUUCGGCCUGCGCCAAGUUUUUUUGCAUGGCAAUCAUCAACCCGAUGAAGGUAGCAUUUGGAAAAUGUUUAGUUUUCUUUCGAAGCACUUAGGAAUGGCACGUCUUGCACCAGCGUGGCCAGCUCAUUGAAUUAGUGGCUGUAAUGGCUGACUGGAUGACCGAGGAUGGAAUCUUUUGUUGGCGUUAUGGAUUGCUUUAUUUGACAUUCAGUCAUUUCAAUACCUUUUUUUUUUAUUUGUAGUUGAUUUUGUCAUGUCCCAAACAUUUGAGGAUGGCCAACAGAAGUGUUACUGCAGGCGCUGCUUCAGUAUUUGGAUCAGGGAGGUUUGAAUCCCCGUGAUUGUUUCAGUGAGCUUCUCGUAGAUCUCCAGUGACUCGAUGGUGUUGUCAUCGGGCACGCGGAGCUCCGUGUAUGUUACCGUCUGCCAUCAUCUCGUCUUCUGUACCGGCUUUCCAAGCAUUCUGGUCAUGGGGCACGGUACGAUUGUUGCCAUGUUAGGAGGAGGUGGAGAAGAGCACAAAGAAAGACGGGAGGAACGUGUACGAUGUUGAGCAUCAUUCUGCUGCUUUUGUUUUUUUGCUAUUUAAAAGAAUGUGGAUGUAAGAUUGUUGCUUUAUUUGAAUAAAUA